AAGUGGAGCUGAAUGCGCCGCUCGCGGGAAACACUGCAGCAAAAUGAGGACAGCGACGCGCCAUGGAGCAGCCGUGUUUCUGGCCAUCACCAUGUGCACCAGCUUGUUCUUCAUAUACAAUAUCAACAACAACAACAACAACGAUGGUAGGGCUGGAAGUUCUGCUGCGUCCACCCAGAAACCGCACAAAGCGCCUCCCCCGCCACCUCUCCAGGGAUACAUCAGCAUUAUUGACCACAGUCCCCUGAAGAUGCAUUGCGGAAGCUGCUCACUGGUUACUAGCUCAGGUCACCUGACAGCCGGAGGGCGCGGAAAGGAAAUCGACAGUGCCGAGUGCGUGAUCCGUAUGAACGAUGCGCCCAGCGGCCGUGGCUUUGGUCCAGACGUUGGCCGACGCACUACCCUGAGGGUGAUUGCGCAUUCUAGCAUGCAGCGCGUCUUACGCAGUCGCCACGAACUGCUCAACUCCAGUCACGACACCGUGUUCAUCUUCUGGGGCCCGAGCAACUACAUGCGGCGGGAUGGGAAGGGCCUGGUCUACAACAACCUGCGCCUCAUGAACCAGGUGCUGCCCAAGCUUAAGGUCUACAUCAUCUCCUGGCAGAAGAUGCUGCAGUUUGACGAGCUCUUCAAAAAAGAAACGGGCAAAGACAGGAGGACAUCCAACUCCUGGUUGAGUACGGGUUGGUUCACGAUGACGAUAGCCCUACAGCUGUGCGACCGGAUUAAUGUUUACGGCAUGGUGCCUCCAGACUUCUGCAAGGAAGCCCAGCGCCCGUCCGUCCCAUACCAUUAUUACGAGCCCCUGGGGCCAGACGAAUGCGCCAUGUACAUCUCCCACGAGCGCGGACGCCGAGGCAGCCAUCACCGCUUCAUCACAGAGAAGCGCGUCUUCGCUAACUGGGCACGGACGUUUGACAUCCAUUUCUACCAGCCCGACUGGAGCCCAGCACCUUUACCUAAAAACAGCACGGGGACCACAGUAUCACCUCAGUCACGGAGGACGUGACUCCAAACUUGGAACUAUCAUGUCCACAGGCUAAUACAUACAAAGAGCUGUCUUGCGUCCCCCCCCCCCUCCCCUUCUUCUUCUGCAGACUGAACGAAUAGAGGACUCCACAAGCAUCCAGUCUUUCUUUGUGCUAUUGACGCAUGGACAUCUCUAAUCCGAAUCCGUGAAGCAGAGACGAUUUGCAUUUAUGGUACUUUUUGGAUACCCUGUGACCGAGUUCCACAGGGGUCAGUGCCGGGACCCCUUUAUUUUGGACAAACGCUCAAGAUAGAAGCAUGUGUAGAAGCGUUAGUGAUACCUGAGAUAAUCCAUGUCAACAUAUUAGUGUUAAGGUCUGAAAUAAAUCACGGACGAUACUGUAAUUACCUACAAAAGUCCGCCGUUACCUAAAAGAGGCAUGAAUGUCGUCAUUUUUCUAUAUUUGGUAGAUGAAGUUAUAGCUUAAUAUCAUUUUGAGCUAAUAGUACA